AUGCUCCUCCUCACAAGGCUGGCCAAACCCGGAUGCUGCUCGCCGACGACCUCCCCGCGUGUCGCCCAUGCCGCUCUCGGCUGGAGCCGGUUCUUCCACACCGGCGACGGGGACGCGCACAAUGUGUUCGGUGCGAUGCCUACACCGGACCACAGGCAGUGCAGUGCGCUGCUCAGGGCGCGCACCGCGAGCGGGGAUCACUACGGGUCCGUCUGCCUCGUCCGCGGGAUGCUUGGGCGGGGCCUCCGGCCCGACAGGCUCGCGGUCGCCGCGGCGAUCAAGUCGGCGUCGGCGCUCCCCGACGGCGGCGCCCUGGGGAGGUGCCUCCACGGGUUUGUUGUCAGGCUCGGGAACGCUGCUGGCGUGGCGGUGGCGAAGGCAAUCAUGGACAUGUACGGGAGGCGUGGGGCUCUCACGGACGCCCGCCUAGUGUUUGAUGAAAUGGGCUGCCGUGACGCGGUAUGUUGGAACAUCCUGAUCACUGGGUCCUCCCGGGCUGGGUUUUUUGACGACGUAUUUGCCUUGUUCCGGUUGAUGCUUGCGUGUGGUGUAGAUGAGAGCAUGCCGACUGCGGUGACGGUGGCUGUCGUCAUUCCGGUAUGUGCAAAGCUGAGAGAUUUAACGGCUGGGAGGAGUGUCCAUGGCUAUGUCGUCAAGACUGGGUUGGAAUCUGAUACUUUGUGUGGGAAUGCAUUGGUGUCCAUGUAUGCAAAAUGUGGUGCAGGUGGAAUCACGGAUGAUGUGCAUAGAGCCUUUUCCUCAAUUCAUUGCAAGGAUGUUGUUUCAUGGAAUUCGAUCAUCGCAGGAUACUCCGAGAAUGGGUUGUUCGAAGAAGCACUCGUACUAUUUGGUCAGAUGAUCUCAGAGGAAUGUCUUCCGAAUUAUUCAACCGUAGCUAAUAUUCUUCCUGUAUGCUCGUUCAUGGAGUAUGGGAGGAACUAUGGCAAAGAAGUGCAUGCUUUCGUGUUCCGGUUUGGCUUAUAUAUGGACAUAUCUGUUUGUAAUGCGCUGAUGACUCAUUAUUCCAAGGUGUGUGAAAUGAGGGUUGUGGAAUCAAUAUUCAGAAGUAUGAAUUCAAGAGAUAUUGUUACGUGGAACACAAUAAUUGCUGGAUAUGUGAUAAACGGGUGCCACUCUAGGGUGUUAGGCCUGUUCCGUAGGCUUCUGUCGACAGGAAUGACCCCUGAUUCUGUUUCUUUCAUUAGUCUGCUCACUGUUUGUGCUCAAGUAGGAGAUGUGAAAGGAGGGAUGGCAGUUCAUGGUUAUAUUUAUCGGCAUCCAGUACUUCGUCAGGAAACAUCCUUAAUGAAUGCUCUUAUUAGUUUCUAUAACCAGUGUGGCAGAUUUGAUGAUGCUCUUCAUUCUUUCGCUGAUAUUUUGGACAAGGAUUCAGUAUCAUGGAAUGCAAUUCUAUCGGGCUGUGCUAACAGAAAAGAAUAUAUUGGGGAGUUCACCAAACUCUUCUGUGAAAUGUGCCGUAAGGUAAGUCGUUGUGACCCAGUCACAAUCUUAAAUUUUAUCCGCAUGAGUACCUUCUGUGGUGCUAAGAGGGUUCGGGAAGCUCAUGGAUAUUCCUUGCGAGUUGGUUAUAUUGGGGAAAUGUCAGUUGCAAAUGCUAUUCUCGAUGCAUAUGCAAAGUGUGGUCACCCGCAGGAUGCAGAUGUACUUUUCAGAAACCUAGCCGGUCAGAACAUUGUAACAGGCAAUACUAUGAUCUCUUGCUACCUGAAAAAUAACAGUGUAGAGCAAGCUGAGAAAAUCUUCAACCAAAUGUCUGAGAAAGAUAGGACGACAUGGAAUCUCAUGAUCCAGUUGUAUGCACGUAAUAAUAUGUGUGAUCAAGCUUUCAGUCUGUUUCAUCAGUUGCAGUGUCCCGAUACUGUUGGCAUUACAAAUAUUCUCCUGGCUUGCAUCCAUUUGAGUUCGGUACAACUGGUGAAACAAUGUCAUGGCUACAUGCUCAGAGCAUCCCUAGAAGACAUCCAUCUUGAAGGAGCACUUCUUGAUGCAUAUUCAAAGUGCGGGAACAUAACCAAUGCCUACAACCUAUUUCGAGUUAGCCCUAACAAGGACCUUGUCACAUUCACUGCCAUGAUAGGAGGCUAUGCAAUGCAUGGAAUGGCAGAAGAGGCAGUAGAGCUGUUUUCUGAAAUGCUUACACUUGACAUUAAGCCAGACCAUGUAGCUCUAACUGCUCUGCUGUCAGCUUGCAGUCAUGCUGGGCUUGUUGAUGCAGGAAUCAAGGUUUUCAAGUUCGCCAGAGAUAUUUACAGAGUUGUACCGACAGCAGAGCACUAUACAUGCAUGGUUGACCUUCUUGCCCGCGGCGGGCGUCUCCAAGACGCAUACAAUUUUGCGUUGGAUAUGCCCCCUCACAUGGCCAAUGCAAAUGUAUGGGGCUCUCUGCUAGGAGCAUGCAAAGUCCACGGAGAGGUCAGAAUCGGCCAGCUCGCAGCUGAUCACUUGUUCUCCAUGGAGGUUGGGGACAUUGGGAACUAUAUCAUCGUGUCAAAUAUCUAUGCAGCUGAUGAGAAAUGGGACGGUGUGGAGCAUGUCAGGAAAUUGAUGAAGUCCAAGGAUAUGAAGAAACCUGCAGGAUGUAGCCAGGCACUUGUUUAUAGGCAGUGA